UCAACAAAAGCUAACAUCACAUCAGAUAUAUUAAAAGAAGUAAUGAAACUAAAGAAAGGAAAAGUGCUUUAAUUAAUGAUUGGAGAGGAGUUCAUCGACUAGCUUCCGCCAAUGCUCCAAGAUCUGUUUAGGGGUACCAUUUUUGUCUUCGAAAAUGGCUCUAUUGCGUGUCUUUCAGAUGCACUAACUCAAGACUGUCCAUUCCACCAUCAAAUGCCUACUUUGAUUCUGAUGUUUACAGACUGUCAUAGCUUGCUUUCAUCUAUGCCAAAAGGAGUCUGAAUCAUUGCUUGACUGGGAACCAGAAUCGAUAUAUUGGUGAAAUAGAGUAGAUUUGACGAUGGAGAUUAUUAAGGACUGGGAUCUUUUUGUGGAGGCUUCUCCAAAAAAAGAUUUUGACUUUUGGGAGAAGAGGAAGCUUCCAGAGUUGACUCCAGGUCUCUUUGUGUUGCAUUAGAUUCGGGCAAAAUACAAUUGAGUGAUGGAAGAGCAGGUUCUAUUUGGAAGGAGCAAAUCACUGACUCUGUCCAUAGAAUGAUUGGGCAUGCUUACAACAGAGCUUGGAAGAGGUACAAAAUGGUGAUUAGGAGCGAGCCAAGGAUCUCUUAAGGUGUGGAACUGUGGAUGCUAACAGCUGACCCAAUUUCCAGCACAAGCCUUUGGCCAGCACUCUGCGGCCUUCCAGUAAACUCCUCCAAUCCCACCAAGCAUAACAGGGCAAAUGAAAAUGAAGGACUUUUCAUCAUGCUGUGCAAGCACAACAUUCGCUAAAGAGAUGGCUAUGGCCUCGCCAUUCUCUUCAUUAGAACAUGCAAUUUCUGUUGCUAGAGAGAUAUGGUUUCGCAAAAUGAAUGUGUGGUGUUGGUUGGAGGCUAUUUCAGGACGCUCUUGUUUCAAUGAAUACUUGGAAAUGGCUAACGAAUCUAUCAUGCAGGAACUUUAUGAAUGGGGAUCAAUGUACGAGAAGAAAUUUGGAUAUGUUUUUGUGACAUGUGCAUCUGGAAAGAGCUCUGAAGACAUACUUACUGAACUGAAGAUGCGCUUUACAAACAAGCAUGCAGUUGAGUUGGAUAUUGCAUCACAGGAGGAAAUGAAAUUUAUAGAAUUGCAAAUUACACAGCUUUUUUCCAAAGAAUCUUCCCAAACGGUCAACAACGGAGAUGUUCUAGCUGAAUAUUCUGGCGAAAUAGUUAACGACACUCUAGAUGGGGCAGAGAUUGAUUCAGCAGACAAUUUAGACGACAUCUCAUCCACUGGCAUUAACAUGUCCAUGCAGUUUGACCUGAAUAAGCUGUCGGAAGAAGACAACAAAACUUCAGAUGACCAACAAGUAGAAGAUGGCGUACAUGUUGCAAAACAGCGCUUCAAUCUGAACAAAAAACCAUGGUUUAGAGAUGACCUAUCAGAUCCUGUGUCACGUGAAGCCAGUAGAUUCCUGACAGAAUUUUUCUGGCCGGGUCAAUAUGAUGUUGACGAGAAAAAUUGACUUUUUAUUUAAACAAACUACAUUGUGUCCUUUAAUUUAAUGGUCGGAUUGCAGUAUUACCUAUUUCACUACUUUUACAAUUAAUUGAUUUAUGAUUGGUAAGGUCUAAGUUCGAAGAAGCCUAUUAUAAACACAUGCUAAAUUGAAAUUAGCAUUAAUUUAUACAUAUUUUAUGUAUUUCUUUUAUA